UGUUAAACUGUAAUCUAAGUAUACUGCAAGAUUAAUGAUUUUAAUACAUGAAUUAUAAAUAUUUAUGAAUUUUCAGCAAACACUAAAAAUUAACUUUUAUUUUUCUGCUAGAAACUUCACAAUCUGAUAGAUAAAAAUACUUGUUAUGAUGCAAAUAUUUAUAAUUAAAAUUUUAUAAGUAUUUCUAAGUAUGUCUAAAGACUCUAGUUCGAGUAAGGAAAAACGUAAACAUCUGAAGAAAGAUGAUGGUUCUAAAAUUCUUAAAGUUUUGACAUUAUUUGAAUAUCUUACUAAACUACCAGAAGCUGUUCAAGAUCGACUUUAUAGUCAUCCGCCAACAUGUUUAACUGUAUUUAGAGUUUUACCUGAUAUUGCACAACAAUUUACAUUACGUAUAUUGUUUAUUGAACAACCAGUACCACAAUCAGUUCUUUCUUCUUGGGUUCCAGCUAAUUAUUCCAAUGAACUUGAAGAGUCUAUUGAAGUGGCUACUAAUCUACAUAUAUGGAAACUUACUGGAGUCUCUGGUGGUUUAAAAGGUUGGAUUCUUAAUUCAACUUUCAAAAAGAAACUUAAAGUAGCGCUUAUGGGAGGAGGCCGUUCUAUGGUAUCAAAUAAUGAAGUGACUGCUGAUCCCAAAGCAAGAGAUGUUGACUUUCUUGAUGCAUAUGCAUACGAGAGGUGGGAAUGUAUAUUGCAUUAUAUGGUUGGUUCUAAAAACGAAGGCAUAUCAGCUGAUGCUGUUAGAGUUUUAUUAAAUGCUGGUCUCAUGGUUCAAGAUACUGAUGGUAGUCCAGUAAUUACAUCAACAGGAUUUCAGUUCCUUCUUCUUGAUAUGGCUACUCAAGUCUGGUAUUUUAUGCUUAGAUAUAUGGAAACUGUUGAAUCACGAGGACUUGAUCUUGCCCAGUGUCUGACUUUUCUAUUUCAAAUACACUUAGGUACUUUAGGAUGGGAUUACAUUACUGAUGAAAUGUCGGAAAAUCUUCAAGCAUUUUUACAACACCUGAGAGAGUUUGGAUUAGUAUACCAAAGAAAACGUAAAGCUGGUCGUUUUUAUCCAACACGUUUAGUUAUAGAGAUGGGUCAAAGUAGUAGUCGAACAUCUGAACGAAUGAAAAAUAAAGAGAGAUAUAUCAUAGUUGAAACUAAUUUUCGUGUAUAUGCUAUGACUGAUUCAGAUCUUAAAGUUGCAUUAGUUGCAUUAUUUACCCACAUGCUCUAUAGGUUUCCUAAUAUGGCUGCUGGUAUACUUACACGCGAUUCAGUACGUACAGCCUUGCGUAGUGGUAUUACAGCAGCUCAAAUAGUGAGAUUUUUGACUGUACAUGCUCAUCCUCAAAUGCAAGAAAGUGGUAUUCCUCAAACAGUUAUUGAUCAAAUAUAUUUAUGGGAGAAUGAGAGAAAUAGACUGACUUUUAUUGAUGGUGUGCUGUAUAGCAAUAUUAAUACACCAAAUGACUAUGAAACUAUAAAAAAUUAUGCUAUAGAAAUAGGAGCCUUGGUAUGGUGUGAUGAAAAAAGACGAAAUAUUGUUGUUAGUACAGAUGGACAUGAUGAUGUAAGAAAAUUCUGGAAAAAACAACCCAAGUCCGACCCAUUUUAAUAUAAUGUGAAUUAUAUUAAUUAUAAUUUAUUACUAAGAAAUGUAAAAAAUGUUUAAUUUAAACUAUUUGUUAUUGUAAAUUAAUUUCUUAAUGACACUUUAAAGUGUGAAUAUAUACCAUUUUUGAGGUAUUAAAGUUAUGUAUAGUACAUUAA